AUGGAAAAAUCCAAAAAUUUCCGCAUCGACGCGCUGCUGGCCGUGGACCCCCCGCGAGCGGCCUCGGCGCAAACCGCGCCGCUGGCCUUGGUCACGUCGCUCGCGGCCGCCGCAGCUGGACCCGGCGGCGGCGGCGGUGGCGGGGCGAGCGGCAGCUGCAGCCCGGCGUCCUCGGAGCCGCCCGCGGCGCCCGCCGACCGCCUGCGCGCAGAGAGCCCUUCGCCGCCGCGCCUGCUGGCCGCGCACUGUGCGCUGCUGCCCAAACCCGGCUUCUUGGGAGCGGGCGGCGCGGGCGGCGCAGCGGGCGGCGGGGCAGGCAGCGGGCCCGGGGGGCCCCACCACCACGCGCACCCCGGCGCCGCCGCCGCCGCCGCAGCUGCGGCCGCGGCCGCGGCCGCGGGGGGCCUGGCGCUGGGGCUGCACCCGGGGGGCGCGCAGGGCGGCGCGGGGCUCCCGGCGCAGGCGGCGCUCUACGGUCACCCGGUCUACGGCUACUCAGCGGCGGCGGCGGCCGCCGCGCUGGCCGGGCAGCACCCGGCGCUCUCCUACUCGUACCCGCAGGUGCAGGGCGCGCACCCCGCGCACCCCGCCGACCCCAUCAAGCUGGGCGCCGGCACCUUCCAGCUGGACCAGUGGCUGCGUGCGUCCACCGCGGGCAUGAUCCUGCCCAAGAUGCCGGACUUCAACUCCCAGGCGCAGUCCAACCUGCUGGGCAAGUGCCGUCGGCCCCGCACCGCCUUCACCAGCCAGCAGCUGCUGGAGCUGGAGCACCAGUUCAAGCUCAACAAGUACCUGUCGCGGCCCAAACGCUUCGAGGUGGCCACCUCACUGAUGCUCACUGAGACCCAGGUGAAGAUCUGGUUCCAGAACCGGCGGAUGAAGUGGAAGCGCAGCAAGAAGGCCAAAGAGCAGGCGGCGCAGGAGGCCGAGAAGCAGAAGGGCGGCGGCGGCGCGGGCAAAGGCGGCGGCGCCGAGGACCCGGGGGACGAGGAGCCGCUGGGGCCGCCGGCGCCCGGGGACAAGGGCGGCGCACGCCGCCUGCGGGACUUGAGGGACAGUGAGCCCGAGGACGACGAGGACGACGAGGACGAGGACCGCUUCCCCUACAGCAACGGCGCCGGCGCGCGCACCGCCUCCUCCGACUGCUCCUCCGGGGCCGACUCCCCGCCCCCGCGGCCCGGCGGGCCCGGCCACCAGCCCCCGCCCCAGUAGGGGCCCCGCGCCUGCGGCCCAGAACGCCGCGACCUCAUCCGCGCCCCCAGGUCCGCGAGCCGAGGCGCCGGGUCCUGGGGACCGCUCUUUUGGGUCGUUUUCAAGGGACCUCCGGAGAGAGGGAGGCCCAGCAGGUUCAAACUCGAACUCUUGUACUUUUUAAUUUAAUUUGGCUUGCGUUGGGGGGAGGCGUUUCUGAGAAGAACCGACCAUCGGGGGUGCUUCCCAGCUCCCCUCUUCCCGAAUGGUGACGUCGGAAACCUGCAGUGUUAAACGACCUCCGAAACCUGAAACCUUCUCCGGAUACGCCGUUCUUCUGAGUGUUGGAAAAAGAAAAAAAUGUUUUGUGCUUAUGUAUAUUGGGAAGGGGGGAAUUUAUGUCAUGAGCGUUCAAACUGCUGGACAUCCCAAAACUGUAUCGUCUUUAUUUUUGUAUAUUGUAUUUAUAAAUAUAUAUAUAUAUAAAGAAAUGUCUACUUACGCAUGCUAAAUUAUCAUUUAGCUUCUGCCAUCGCCCACGAUGGAAUGUAAAAUAAAUUGGUUUUUUUU